CCUCCCCCAGAUAUUUACUACUAAAAGAACUAGCGGGAAAAAGCUCAAAUAUUUGCGGAAAUAACGUUUAGAUGCGGAUUUAGUGAUAUUUUGAAGGUUCGUAAGCUUCUUAGGAGUGUUUUGGACCUUGUUUAGAGCUCUUGGCUUGUGAAAAAGUGGUUAGAUCGGUGAUUUUGUGCCCGGAAGUUGAGCGGUCAGCGAUGGUGCCCACCCCGCCGAAACUACAGAAGGAGAAGCGGUUGAGCCCGUCCCUGGGAUCGGCGGGACAAGAGACAGCGCCCGAGGUCUUCUGAGGUCAGCCAAUGGGCUGCGGACGUGUCGGCUGUACCGUAACCUUGGCAACAAACGACGUAACUAACGACAACAUGAGCGGAAACCUGGGUGUACCGCAGUUCCCGGCACCUUCGUCCGCUCAGCGCGUGGGAGGGGGGCGUAACAAGGUUGCGCUGAAGCCGGGAAGGUCGCUCAUGGACUGGAUACGGCUCUCGAAGUCGCGCGACCUUUCCGGGACCGGGGGUCGUUUGCAUAACGUCACGCCCGAGGAGCUAGCGAAACAUGAUACUGAGAGCGACGCUUGGACGGUGAUUCGCGGGAAGGUGUACAACGUGACUGCAUACGCGGAAUAUCACCCCGGUGGGGCGGAAGAGCUCAUGCGAGCCGCGGGGAGGGACGGGACGGAUCUUUUCAACGAGGUUCACCGGUGGGUCAACUACGAAUCGAUGCUGGAAAGCUGCCUGGUCGGACGACUACGAACAACGCUUCACGUUUCACCAAAUGCAGGAACACCGAAGCGAAAACCACCCAAAGUACAGACGGGAUUUCUGAAACCUCCACUUCCCGCAAACCUGACUCUUCCCAAACCACCAGGCGCUGCUUUUGAAGAGAAACUCAAAGAAAACUCUGAUGGGAGACCAGUAACAUCUGUAACACCAAGUGAGCAGCAGAAACUGGAAAACACCGGUGGGAGACCUGUCAGUUCUGCUGAUACCGUGGACAAUCCCUGGCCGACAAACCCAGAACUUACGAAACCAUCCCUUCCCUAUCCUUCUGCACAGGAAACAGCAGUACCCACCGACAAGACUGAUACUGUGGACAGUUCGGGUGUUCCUGUGCUAACUGUUGAGAGUCCUGUCCUUCCUGUACCGACUGUUGCGAGGGAAUCUGUACAGGAAACAGGAUUACCCACCAACAAGAGUGAUACUGUGGACAGUUCGGGCGUUCCUGUGCUAACAGUUGACAACUCUGUCCUUCCUGUGCUGACUGUUGCGAGGGAGUCGGUACGCUACGACUGGUUCCAGAGCGACAAACACAUCACCGUGGUCGUCUACACGAAGCGGAAGGGCCUGACUCGCGAGAACGUCACUCUGGACAAAACUGGCCGCAAAUUCGAACUCCGCCUUUUCCUGGGCCACCAACAGCUGUAUCAAGUCCACCUGGAGUUAGAGGAAGAAGUUACCGAUGAGUUUAAUGUAACGUUUGGAGCGUCAGGGUCUAAACUCGACGUCAAGCUGACGAAAGUUACUGCAGGAAGGAAGUGGAGAAGGUUGGGGAGUCCUCUAGAUCAGGACGGAAGGUUAGUUGGUACAGAGGACUGUGAGCGGAGGUACCGGACAUGUACGGUCGAGUCUCGAGCGGAGGUGACCUAUGACACGACCCUGUACCGCGUACGACUGCCGCCGGGGUCGCGGAUGUGGGUCCCCGCGGGUCAUCACGUGUACGUGCGACGCCAAGUGUCGGGUUACGGACAGGUGUCACGGCCGUACACACCUGUACCUGCAUCACUCACCACACCUGCACAGGUGGACACACAGGGCACGGGCCUGAACCUCAUGAUCAAGGUGUACCCACAAGGUGUUCUCACACCUGCACUAGCCGAGCUGCAGCCUGGGGACCACCUGGACAUCAGCGACUACGACUCAACCCUCGCUCUCCCGCCAUUGGACGACAAAGCGUCCAUCGCCUUCCUAGUCGCCGGGACCGGUUUUACGCCUGUACCGGGACUUGUAACCCUCCUUCUUUCCCGCGACCAGAAAGACCAGAAAAUCACAAUUUUUUUCUUCAACAAACAGGAGAGAGACAUCCUGUGGCGCGAACAGCUCGAAAAACUGGAAGAACAGUACGCACAGAGGUUAAAGGUCAUCCACGUGCUGUCCGACCCCGGGUCGGAGUGGAGCGGGAGGUCGGGUCGGGUCAGGUCAGAGGUCGUGGAGGGCGACCUGCCUACGCCGGGACCGGUAACCAUGGCGAUGGUGUGCGGACCGGUGGCGUUUAACCAGGCAGCGGUGAAGGUCCUACGUGAGCUGGGAUAUCAGCAGGACAUGUACGAUGUGUUCUAGUUUACCCUCAGCCUGCUAAGGUAGCCACUUAGGCCUAGGAAAAAAAAUGUUUUGUUUCCUGUU